GCCUCUCAGCAUUGAUCUGAGUUCGCUUCGCGUCUGGACUGAGCCUGUGAGUCCAAGUUUGUGGCGAGUGACGAAGAAUGAACGCCAAGAGAAUCAACGCACAAUUGCCACACAUCGCCUCAUGACUCCCGUAAUAUCCAAUUAAUCCGUAAUAGUCGAGCCGGAGUCAAAUUCGCGGACGGUCGUCUAUGCCAAAGUUGUGUCCGAACCCGCAGGAUAGUGAUUUUCCACGCCGAGAUUCGUAGUAAUAGUUUCCACAUGUGAUCCUCCCCGUGCAGUGCUGUGAUUUUUUUUAGUACCCUUGUUUUUCGGAGUCGCAUGACUUCCUUGUUGCUAGUUGUUUAAGAAAAUAGUCAAGCUGUGGGGCUCAGGAGCUUUCUUCCUUCCCCCGCAAGGGAUGUACUACCCGCACAUGGUCCAAACGGGUAUGUCUCCCGGGGCGGGAGCGGCCUACGCGGCCGCGACGCCCUUCGCGGCGCAGAACGGGGACGCGGCGGCUGCUGCAGCGGCGGCCGCCACCGUGGCCGCGGGCAUCAAAGUGGAGCCGGGGAAGGAGCAGGGCGCCGGGGGCCCGCCCUCCGUGCCCGGACCCCCCUUCACGCCGCCCUCCCUGGGGCAGAACCAAGUCGCCCUCAACAACAUCGACCAGCAGACGGUCAGCAUAGUGAGUAUCGACCCGCAAACGGAACACGAGUCAGAAACGAACAACACAGGCACAGCAAAUGGAACUGUAGCGCCUCCGCCAAAUAGUCUAGCUCUAGCUAUACCCGGCUCAUUACCAGCGACGACAGUAACGUCACAGUCAGUUGUUGCAUCAAUAGCUCAAGAUAACGCAUCAAAGAAUCCUCCAAAGAGGCUUCACGUUUCAAACAUACCUUUUCGUUUUAGAGAACCUGAUCUCAGAUCAAUGUUCGGCCAAUAUGGUCCCAUUUUAGAUGUUGAAAUUAUUUUUAAUGAAAGAGGCUCAAAGGGAUUUGGUUUCGUAACAUUCGCAAAUAGUGCUGAUGCAGACCAAGCACGCGAGAGACUUCAUGGCACCGUGGUUGAGGGCAGAAAAAUUGAGGUGAAUAACGCCACUGCUCGUGUACAGACGAAACGGACAGUACCUAUACCUAAUGUUUUACAAUGGCCAGAUGCGGCUCUGCGGGGAGUUGCUAUUCAGCGCGGUAGAGCACGGGCCACGUUUCCGGCCACGGCUGCGGCUGCAGCAGCGGCAGCCUUCGCACGUCACCCCUCACCCCUUACUGCAGCCACUGCGGCUCUCAAUCCCUACACGCCUGGUGUUUAUUAUGAUCCAUUCCUCGCAGCUCAAGCAGCCACGGCUGCAGAUAGUAAUUAUCGUCUUCAGGUGGCACCUGCUACCCCAGAGGUAGCGGCUGCUGCAGCAUCACCCCUCUUGAAGGCAGCGGCACCGGCCGGUCUGACAUCGGCAGCAGCUCAACAGGCUAAUUACGUAGCAGCAGCUUCUUAUACGGCGGCGGCGGCGAGAGCGUACAACGCGGCGGCAGUGGCUGCGUCUGCCUCGACGCCAGGAAGCGGUCUUGCUGGCUAUGCACCAAUUCCUGGGUAUGGAAGAGAGGCAUAUGCAGAUCCUUACCUAGCAAGUCAAGGCAUUGGACCCAUAGCUGGCUACCAGGCUGUGUAUCGAAGUGGGUACAACCGGUUUACACCCUACUAAGGUCACAGGCGCAGGAAGCCAGAGCGCAACGUUGUUUUUUUUCUUUUUUUUCCUUUUGUUGAGAAUAGAGUACAAGUCGGUUCUAUUAUAGCACCUACCACGUCAUCAAUUACCCUUCCAAUUUCUACAAUUUUUGUUCAUGUACAUAAGAUUUGUAUUUGUAAGUGAUCUUUGAAUUAUUAGUCAAUAAGGAUACUGUGAAUGUGUUAUUUUAAGUUUUUAUCUUAACUGUUCAGGGACAAUAUCACAUCCACCCUUGCGUCAUUCCUCUCAACUUCCCCUCUCUUUUUCUUUUCUUUUUUUCGUUUGAUGUUUAUUUCUGUCCGAGAUGAACAAUUUCUCAACCUAGUGAUAAUUUUCAUUUUUUGACACAAGCAAAAUUCAAUUAUUUUACCGUAACAACCUUUAAAUUCUCUUCCAUAAGGUGGCUCUUCGAGUAGAUAGUCAUCAUGAGAGCGAUUUUUUCCUUCACAAAGUUGAAUCCAAACCUGGAGAUGACAUUAACCCUCAUUUGGUGGUCGCUAAAUCAGUUUUACUUACUUUGCCCCUUCCUUUUUAUUACAUAAUUGAGAUGAAUAUAUACGCACACUUGUAUAUACUUGUAAAUUCCGAUGGUGGAAGUGAUAGUGGAGCUGUAAUACCUGCUAUCUCAGAGAAUGUAAUUAGACAAACCGUAGGAAGAUGGUCUCAUGGUUCGUUUAAUUUUCCCCUGUUGAAUCUUUUAUUAGACCCUCAGUCAUCCAGGUCUCGAAGAGCAUGCCUUGAGAAUGAUGCGCUCUCUUUGAAAGCUAGUCAAUUCGUACCCUCAGUUGUACCGCUGAAACUUUUGCUCAUGAAGAGUCAACUGUAAUACGUCCUUAAUUCCCAGCUUUCGGGGGUAGAUUUAAUCAACAGCUGCUGUGUGUGUUGAGUACUUUUUUUUUCUUGGGCGUCCACCAGUAGAAGCAGAUUAAAGCGCUACUUCUAUGCUUACCUUUCAAAGUGUUAUCUUUCGAUGUGGAUUUUAUCAGCGAAAAUUUGGGGAUUCGCAGUGUUAAAUCUACCCCAGAAUGAAAGAGUUUUUCCCCCAUAAUUCUGAUCUUAAUGUAAUCAAUCUUUUACUUGAGAAUGCGUGAAUAUCCUCUAAGCAGAAACAUGAAUUUGAAAAACUUAUACAAAUUCACUGAUGUUCUGUUGUCCGACAGUGAAGCACUUUUGAAGCCUGCUAAAUUGAGUCAGUGUGUCGGACCAAUCCUCCCCUCCCCUUCCUUCUCGCAUUAAUUUGUCUUACGGAAUCAUAGAAUCUCAUUUGAGCUCCAAGAUCUGCUUUGUAUAAUACUCAUCAAACAACUUUUACCUUGUGAUCUGUACAUAAUGACUUUUUAAUUAUUGGUAAUGAUAGUUGUAUAGGUCGAGUCUCUCAGGGAAGAGACUCGCCAUUCCUAAGCUUACUUUAACUAUCUGUUAAGCGUAAAAUGUUGGAAUUUCUUUCAGUUCUCAAGUCUUCUAUGAAUUUUUCUAAUUUUUUCAUUUCUUUUUUCUGAUAACACAAUUGACCCUCUACAUGCAUUCAUCUUUGUACAGUUUUUGCCAUUGAAACAUUUUUGUGUACUGUUCUUUUCUCUCUAGGGGCGUUUUGAAUUUCUGUCACUCCAAUUUUCACUCUUUUCCCCUUUUUUUCCAACUUCUCUCCACGACUUUUGGGAUAUUGAAUGUUUUCCCUCCAGGAACACAAAAUCAGGGCAUCGUUUGGGAUUUGAUGUUGAAUACUAAGCAUUUCUUCUCCUUUCACAUUGAGACAGAGUUGUUUUGAAUCUUCUGUGUUGAUUUUGUGCUUCAGGAUCAGUCGAAAAAUUAAAAAAAGUACCAUCUUUGCCCUGAACUAUGUAGAAAUACAGGUUUUUCCUUCGGGAAUGAAAAGUGAAGUGAGAGAAAACCCUUGAUCAAAUGGACUGUAGUUUCUCAUGCCUCUAUUUGAUGACAGGUCUUACUGACAUUGAUAAAGGGACUCGAUCACAUUGUAACAUCGCUAAGUUUCAUUUGAUGAAAAAAGUAAUUAGUUGACUGGUGAAAUGAACUUGGUAGCGAUUUUGAUUCAUGAAUCUUUGGUAAAUUUCUUUCACGAUUUGAUAGAAUUUUUCGAAACUUUUUGAUGAAAUACUUGCUCCGGUUCAGAUUAAUAAAGAAAUAAGUUGUUUGGUAAAACUUUGCAGUAUUGCAGUGUUGAUCAGCCCCUCUUUUCGACCCUCUCUUUUUUUUAAAAAAAGGGGAGUAUCUCAAUCGCUGGUUUGAUUGCAAUUUUCAAUUUAGCAUGCGCGUGAGCUGCGAUUAGAAAUUGGAUUUUUUUAAAUUCUUCAUUUUCUCUUUUUGCGUAAGUUUUUACCCAUAUUUUUUUAUCCAUAUAGACAUUUUUGUCCUAUAGCAACUUGAUUCACUCAGAAUAUGUAGUAUUUUUAAGAAGAUAUCGUACUUAUAAAUGAAUUGAACUCAGGCUUUGAUGAUAAAAAUCCCUGGGUAAAUAGAGUGGUGGAGGGGGGUGGCAGAAUUCUCAAAUCGCUUUCAACCCUUUUUCACGAGGUGCAAAUGAAGCACAAACUGAAUGUCGUACGCACAUAUCUGAUACAAUAUUAUAUUUAAACUAGUAUAGUAUAGUUUUUUAAAUUAUAUUUUACUAAAUCAUGCUCUCUUUUAAUUGUUUUAUUUAUUUAUUUAUUCAUUCAUUAAUUGUUCAUGUAUCCUGCUCAUAGUUUUUGUAAAUGUUAUUACCCAACAUAAUGAACAUUAUGUUUCAUCUUACUUUAUUAUUUGUAUCAAUAUUCUCUAUUUUCCUCCGAUGUGAUGCAUCUAACGGAGAGGCCUUAACUUCAUAUGAUCAAUAUUAUAAAGCGAUUUUGGUCUAUCGAUAUCUAGAAAGGAAAGUGAAGUGAACAUUCCCCUACAAGAACGAAUCACUUCUGAGUAAAUUAUUCUAAAAUGUUGAAAGUUUGUUUUCUCAGUUGCAUAUUGCAUCCUUAUUUUUUUCUCCAAUUUUAUUUGAAAUGUCGAGGAAUUCUCAGCGUAAUAUCCGUGGACACGUCUUAAAUGAGUCACCUAUUACAGUAAGUUCCCAAAAGUUUCAUUGGUAGAUUUUAAAUGGUAGAGUUUCUAUCUCAGUACCUUUUCCAUCUUGGAAAACUAUGAACUGCCUAUUAAUUUUACAUGAUUUACCUCAGCCUCAUUUCGAAGUAAACGAGCUAUUAAGAGGUGUCAUUAUUUCCCAAUUGAAGGAACUCAAAAUUUAAUCUCAAUUAAACGCACGAAAAAUCUGACCCAAAGAGAGUUAGGUCAGAGAGCUUCUCUCUCUCCCUCUUUGGUUUAAGGCCUUUUCCACCAGAUGAAUCACGUCCUCUCCGCUGUGUUUACUCUACGAUAAGAUGCAGUUAUUCUAUUGCACUCAUAUUGCUUUCAUUUGAAUAAUCUCAGGUCUUAUGUGCCUGUGACUUAGAAAUUUAUGGGAUGUUUUCUGGUUUGAAGUAUUGAUCGGUUUCAUAGUAAGUUGGCCUUUAUUUCCAUGCUGAUAAUCAAUAAAAUUUCGAAUGUUAAGGGAGGAAUAACAUUCUUGCGAAGUAAUCUAUAGUAAAGAAAAAUCAAUACAAUGCUGCCCAAAAUUGUGUAAGAAACUUCAGUGAGCUGCUUAAGCAAGAAUAUUGAAUAAAACUGCUAGUUUUUAUACACUGUUGCAUUGAAUAGAUCCUCUAGCUUUUGGCGAAAGCAUUAAGCUCUCGAGGACUUAUCCUGGAGUAAACACAGCAUGUUCUUAUUUCUUACAAGAAUACCAUUUUUGUUGUUGUUUCUUCCUUUCCAUCUCCCAUUUUUAAUUUUUGUAUAUUGUAAGUUUUUCAUCCAAUCAAGUGGAACAUUCAUCCUUAACGGUUGAUAAUUUAUAGAAUAUUGAGCAUUAGUGUGCCCAAACUACCCGACUCUGUUCCACCCGGAACGACCUCGGAAAAACGUUUGUAAUCAAUAUACUUAAGAAAAUGCAUCGUUCAUCUAAAAUAUUGAACGGAACAUCCUUUGAAUCUCUCCACAUUACGCUUAUUUGAUGACAGUAUGACGCACAAUCUCUGAAACUGAAAAGCCUGCUUCUUUGUAUGAACUUACCCCCUCAUUUUGUCUUGAACAAAUAAUCUUUCUGCAUCGUGUUGUUUCACUUAAAUUCUGUCGCACAAGAAUAUUAGAAAUAUAUUUUUACCUUUGGUUACUAUACUUAAAUGGAAGUCGCUGUCUUUCAUGAUAAUCUUAAGUGUCGGCUAUAGUUGGAACUUAUUCGCAUCACAAUUCCAGAACGCUAAGUCUGUCUGUAGCCUAACCAGUUGAACGUACGAACAAAAACCCCUAGUUCUUAAUUAUCCAGAACAAUUCAAGUGUUAUAAUUCAAAUUUGUUGAUUUAGCCCCGUUUUUUGUUGCUCUAAAUUGUAGAUACCCUUCUUCUACCCUCAUUCAGAAACCAUAAGAAAAGGAAACCGUUUUUCUUUCUUAUUGAUAGCGUGUUUAUCGUGAGACUUUGUAAUUUACUCUUCAUGUAUGAAGGACGUAAUAGUUUUGAUUGUUCUAGCUGAGUUGGUUUUAUUUUAAAGCUUCGUUUGGCUGUUUGACUUGUUAAUGUAAUAUCCGAUAAUUUUCUCAAAGCAAGUUCAACUUAAGUGCAUCAUUUUUAUGAGCGCUCCAUUUUCUUUUCAGUUUCUUAUUCAUUUUUUUUUAAAAAAAAUUUUAUCUCUAUUCUGCCACAUCUUUCCAUUAUGAAUUGUAUCUUCCGGUGGCUUAGAUUUUUUAUGAAAUAUUAACUGGGGAAAGAGUCAUGAAUCAUUUCAACUUGCUCCAUCUUGAAUCAUUUGAUUUUAAGAACUAAAGGAUACCUCUUAGAAUCUAGAAAUAAAGUUCAGCUUCUGUUUUUAAA